GCGACGCAAUCCCUCCAGCCCAAGAUCAGCCAAGGGUCAGACACUGGUCGCUACUUGAUCAUGCAUUCCACACAACGAGGUUGAGCUGGAGGCUGUUUAGUGCACCGAACUACACACCCAGUACAGUUAGUGAUCGGUAAUUAGUGCUGUUGGACGUUAGUUUUCGCGCACGUGAAGGUAAACGAAGUGAAAGAUGUCUACCGUAAAGCGUUCGAGCACAUCCUGGUGGACGGUGUGUUGUGUGUUGCUGCUUCUUGUUGCAUGUGUUCUUUCCAUACCGAUUGACGAAUCCAUAAAAGAACAGGAUAAGCCACUCGGUGGUUUACCCGACGGUGGUAGCGUACACGAGGAAGUCGUUGUUGCAGCUUCCCUGUACGUUCGCAAAAAGCCUGCCACAUCGUUACGUCGACAGGAGCGUGAAAUACGGCACGAUCACGUAACGCAUCAGAGCGUGUCACACACGAACGUGCUGAAUUCGGGCGCCCAACCAUAUUUGGGCAAACAUCACGACAAAGUACUAAAGAAAUGGAAGAACAACAACGCCGUGAUAAUGAAAGUGGAACACCGAAAACAGUAAACGUAGCGACGGCAAUUGCCAGGGAACGCCGACAAUCUAGUUUGAAUCAAUCAAUCCCGGAUCAAGCUUGCCGAAAAAUCAAUCAUUCAUAGAUUAUGGGAAACAUGGUUUCACAUAAAACUGGACAUUUGUGUCGGGAGGUUCCCAAGGAUACAAACGAGUUUCUGUUUUAUGUUACGUACGUACGGAUCAAGCGAAUCGGAUUAGUGGCCAUUGACUUACCUUUCAUGUCGUACCGCCAGAGAUCGAUUUUAAUAAUGAAGCAGAAACAAUGUA